AUGCACAAUGUGAGCUGUUACAACCCCAGUUCCUUCACCCUGGUUGGGAUCCCUGGCUUGGAAAAGUUCCACCUCUGGAUUGGAAUUCCCUUCUGUGUCAUCUAUGUCGUGGGCCUCGUGGGCAACUGCAUCCUCCUCUACCUCAUUGCAUCUGAGCACAGCCUCCACGAGCCCAUGUUCUUCUUCCUGUCUCUGCUGGCCUCCACUGACCUCAUCUUGUCCACUGCCACGGUGCCCAAGCUGCUGGCUAACCUCUGGCUUGGCUCCCAAGAAAUAACCUUCUCUGGCUGCCUCACCCAGAUGUUCUUCCUUCACUUCAGCUUUGUAGUAGACUCAGCCACCCUGCUGGCCAUGGCCUUUGAUCGCUAUGUGGCCAUCUGUCUCCCCCUGAGGUACAACACCAUCCUGACCCCACAGGUGAUCACCAAGCUGGUGGUGAGCAUCGUGCUGAGGAGCUUCUCUGUCAUCCUGCCAGAUGUCUUCCUGCUGAAGCGGUUACCAUUUUGUGGAACACGCAGCAUCCCACACACCUACUGUGAGCACAUAGGCGUGGCUCGGCUGGCCUCAGCUGACAUCUCCAUCAAUAUCUGGUAUGGGUUUUCUGUGCCUCUCAUGACUGUCAUCUCCGAUGUCAUCCUGAUCGCUGUCUCCUACGUGUUCAUCCUGCGUGCUGUCUUUCGCCUGUCAUCCCAGGGCGCCCGCCAAAAGGCCCUGAGCACCUGCGGCUCCCACGUCUGUGUCAUCCUCAUGUUUUACACACCGGCCUUCUUCUCCAUCCUUGCCCAUCGCUUUGGACACAGUGUCCCCCGGAACGUUCUCAUCCUCUUUGCCAACUUCUAUGUGGCCAUCCCUCCUGCACUGAACCCCAUUGUUUAUGGGGUGAAGACCAAGCAGAUCCAGGAGAAAUUUCUUCUUCUCUUCUCUUUGAAGAAGACACAGUGA